CGCACACGAAUUGGUUAAAGUCAUAUCAUCCUUCCAUGAACCUUUAAAAACCUUGUCUCAGCAAGUUGCUAAGUGUUGUUUCCUAUUCUGUUCAAGGUUCAUCUCAGUUGUAAGAAGCCCAUCAUGAAGGACACUCGUCUUGGAACAGGAUGACAACACAUUUUGAGUCUGAGCAUCGAUCACUGUCCGGAUUGGGAAGAGCAGAAAAUAUAUUCAGCUCAUGUGCCACAUACCCAGCUAUGUGUGUUACACUCCACAAGGCCUUAUGUGACGAGCACUCGUUGUGGGACAGGGUGCUGCAACACUUUGGUUCCUGUGACGAUCACUGCUCUGAUAAGGCAGAGUCAAACAUGUUGAGACACUCAUCGUGGAUCAGGGUAUCACCGUACUUUGAAUCUGGUGAUGCUAGGUGCCUUGAUAUGUCACUAACUCUGUUGAAAUCAUUAAAUCCAAGGCAAGAGAAAAUAAAAAUGCAGGUAAAACUCUGAGCUAUGUUCACUGACGACGAAGAAGUGAACUCAGAAUAGCAGUCCUUACAAACGAUGAGAUGUUCAUGACAUAGUCCAGGAACUCCUACCUAGCAAUCUGGUGUGUGACAGCUACUCGGCUGAGAAAUAGCUACAUAUCAGAGCUGAGACAAUGCAUCGACUUCAUCUUCAAUCACCUUGACUUUAACUUCUUUGUGAACCUCAUGCCUACUCUCUCCAGCUAUCACUGCGUGUGGUCAUAUAAUUCAGGCUACACGAGUCUAACGCGGUCUUUCUUUAGUACAGUUGUGUUCCUCUGCCCAAGUGAUGAUCUCAUUCUUCUUCGGACAUAAGUGUCAAUGCUUGCGGUGUGCUAAAUGUGUUACUUACGAAUCACGCAUCGUGCUUGGGCUUGUCGCUAUUGGGCUUACUUUUUGGGCCGUCUAUGCCAUUAUUACUAAUCGAGAUUCAGGCCCACCAUCCGAUUGCUUUAAGUGUGAUAGGGUUUCUCCCUUGUGUCACAUUAAGUCUGCUUCGCCGCAUAGAGGUCUCUCUUCUCCUCUCAAACAUGUCGACUCCAAGAAGAAGUGCUCGUCUUCAACCCUCCGGAGAUGCUCCAUGCAACCCCUCUCCGAAUCCCUCAGCGGUGUCACAAGCCCCCUCGGCUUCGUGCACUCGUAAGUACGCACGGAAACGCCCUCGUCGCCCCACGCGGUCCACUCCAUCUAGGGAACCGUCUGAACCUGCCGACGAUCCCACCUCCGAAUCAGAUGACGACACCGCCGAUGUCACUCCAGAACAUGUUGCGCCUCAGGAUCCUCCACAAGCCGGCGACGAAGCCGAUUGUACCGAGCUAAUCUCAAAGAACAUCAGACAUGCAACCAUUCGAGAUGCGUUUCAAGCUAGAAUCAGGGAGAACCCAGAACUUCUCAAGCCCUCUAAUCGACCCUUCAACCGUCUCUUUGCAUCCUUCGCGGCAACCGAAAGGUAUCACUCCUUGGAGAACAGAAAGUUCCUGGAGCAACUACGUCUCCCUCUCUCCGACGAAGAUCUUCAGGAUGUCAAGGAAGUGGUGCUUCAAUCAGGCCUGAUCUACACUCUCAUCGACGUCGAUCCAUUCCAGCCAAGCGUGGUUAGAGAGUUCAUAGCCAAUCUUCCGGAUGCUGAGGAACGUGAUGAUGGCUUAGCGGUCUAUGUCAGAGGAGCAGUAGUGAACUUCUCACCUUCGUUGAUCAACUCCAUCUACUGCACUACUGGAGAAGACAAGGAACCGAGCUGGAUGAAGGAAAACAUCGAUGAGGUAUGUGGGUUUCUAACAGAAGGGAGAGUUCGACGCUGGGAAGAUAUGAGCUCUAAGUAUCUCACCCCUCAAAAUCAAGUCCUCUACAAACUCGUGUGCUCCAACUGGAUUCCCACUACUGCCUACACAGCAAUGAACAUUGAGCGGCUUCGCUUCGUCUACAUGCUCCAUCACCACACUCGCUUUGAUUUUGGGAAGCUCGUGUACAAUCAAAUCACAUCAAUGGCAGAAAACAUCAAGACCGAGCAGUCUCGUCGCAUUCUCUUCCCUACACUGAUACAGCAGGUCUUGCUUGCUCAACGCUCCAUUCCUCCUGACUCCAGUGAUGAAGACUUGAUUGAGUGUCCGCGAGCUGUGGUCAAAGACAAGAAGGCUGGCCUAGGAGAUGGCAUCGUCUCACGCGCCCCUAACCUUGAGGAGGACGUUCUUCAUGCCAUUGCCGAACUCAAAGCCAUUCACAUUCGGCUCAAGAGGGGAGACUAUGGAGUCAUCGGGAGCACCUCAGCCUCGGCAGAUCAAGAAGAAAACUAAAAUGUGUUUGCUGAUUAGUUGUCUUAUCCUUGUUGCUGUAUCUUUUCUUAUUUGCAAUCUCUGAGUUUCUGAACUCUGAACUCCUCUAUCUAUCGGCUGUACUAUCCUAAUUUUUCUCGCGUUUGAAUUAAGGAUAUCGUUUGGUGUGUUAAUUGGGAUUGCCCUCUCUUCUAACCAGUUAUCUGGCAGGAUCUGUGUGUGCGUGUGUGAGUUCUGUUUCAGGUAGCAGGUAAGUCACAUUGAGCUAAAAAGGGGGAGAAUGUUAGCUCCAGGAUUGGAGCUGAGUCCAUGUGAAGCAGUGGAGUGUCACGUAGCUGACUUGGUGUGUGAUAUACCGGAGUGAUAUGUUACGCAGGCGGUUCGAUGUGUACCGGUUCAAUUCAAGUUGGAUAAGGAUAAUGUGUAUCAAGAGAAGCUUGGGAGAUAAGCUUCACGAAGAUUUGGUAACAGCAAGAUCGUGACUUGAGGAUAAGUCCUGGAAGAUCUUCUGGUACAAGAUUUGAGUGAGAUGAGAUCGCAUCUCAGAUAUAUAAGGCAGUGAGAGGCAGGGGGCUUACUCACGGGUUUUAGAGUUUAGAAAGCGUGAGCUUGAAAGUGUUCAGCAGCGCGCAUAGGAUCAUUGUGACAGGGGGAGAGUAGCUCGACCUGUCCUUGGGUAGAAUAGGAAUUGGUUCGUGUCAAGUCCAGCAGGACGUUGUGUAAUUCGAAUUAGACAAGUCAGAUUGUGAUUGUCUAAGAGAUUCUUAAUAAAACAAGUGUUGUUUUGAGCA